AUGGCCCCUACCGACUUCGAGGCCUCCGAGCUGCUGGGCUUGGACCAGGACGCCUGCCGGACGGUGCUCGGGGACCUGUGCGGUGCCUCUCUGCGACCUGUCGAGCUGGAGUUCAAGUCGUUCCACGACUGCGCCUACUUGACGGCGAAGGCUUUGGGUGUCCAGGUCCGUUUCACACCAGCAGAUCCGUCACAGGCGCGGGUGGAUGUGGUGUUUUUGUACAACGACGGCGAAGGCUUUGCGCAGUACAGUGCCGGCCCGCUGCCGGAGGGCCUGCAGUGGAGUCACCAUAGCAAGGACGUGGUCCUGAUGCUGGGGGAGCCUUCGGACAAGUACGGCGGCGGACGGUUUAGAGCCGUUGGCAUCAGCUAUGAGACCUUAGGCCUUGACAUACAGUUCAGAGAGAGCAACUGGAACGAUGAGAAGAAUCCCAUGGCGUUCGUCUCCAUUUUCCCGCGCCUGGAUCCUUCCCAUGGCCUUUGCCAGAUCUGUGGCAAACUGGCAUCGUUUAGAUGCGGCCUCUGCAAGCAGAGAUCGUAUUGCAGUUCCAGUUGUCAGAAGGCUGACUGGACAAAGCACCAGGGAGACUGUCCCGGGUUUCUGGAAAAGAAAGCUUCGCUGCGCUGGGAGGGCGAACUGAUGCUGCCACGCUGCCAGCAGCUCUCGCGGAAGCUCACAUCGACACUUUCCGAGGUGUUUCUGGACAGCAUGGACUGA